CGACAAUCCAUCCAUCGCGCCCUUGCCUUCGUGAGCUGUGUCGCCCACCCAGCAGAACGCCAUUCAAUCCAGUUUGUGAGCAGAUUAGAACUAUCGACGCGCCACACACGCAGACGACUUCACCCACACUCCUCAUCAUGGCCUCUCGAGGCGGCAUGUACGCCAAAAUGGCAGCAGUGUAUGUAGCACCUUCCUCGUAUCCCACUCUGCAUUGCCAUAUCAUACUGUACCAUUACGAGAUCGUCACAACCCAGAGCUCAAGCUGACUUCCUACACCCCAGCUUUCUAACAUGCUGCAUCGGUGGUCCGGCCCUGAUGUACUAUGUCACCCCAUCCGAAGGCGAAGUCUUCAAACGGUUCAGCCCCGACCUACAGAAGCGCAACCUCGAGCUCCGUGACCAGCGGACGAAGGACUACGAGGUCUUCCUCGGCCAGCUCAAGGAGUACAGCAAGUCCGACAAACCCAUCUGGACGGCCGCCGCCGAGGCGCAGGCCAAGGCGAGGGAGGAAUUACAACUCAAAGAGACGCAGGAAAAGGCGCUGCAACAAAAGAUGAGGGAGGAGAUGAGAGCCGCCCAGGCGCAGGGAAGAUGACAGUACUAGCCACAUUCAAGGGGGGGACGAAUCAUUCUCUCGGCACGCUACCUAGGCUUUUUUGUUGUUCGAUCUGAAUGCCGGCAUCCACGAUCGCACUCUCCGCGAGCUUGAUGCAAAAGAAGACAAUCAGGCGGCAAGGCUAUGGAGUACAGGUUACCUUCAUCUCGGACCUGUGAUCUUUCUUCCCCCCAACCGACCUUCAAGAGGUGGUUCGGAAUGUUUGUCAUGAACACGCCAACAGCCUUCAUCCGAUGCGGAGGAUCCGUUCAUUUGGGGAUUCUAGCAUACUCAAUCGACGAAUAUAGCAUCGCCUCUUACGACCUCAAGUCCUUCGACAUCUUACCCAUCUCCAAACAGGCGUUAUCAGAAAUCUAUGAACGAUUGAUGAGGAAAUCAUAAUUCUUAUAGGCAAAGAUGUAUGUGUACAACAAAAUCAUAUGGAUUCUAUUCCAGGGUAUCACGGCAAUGUCAUCUUCCGGCCAUGGCAGUCGCUCGAGUCUUUCUACUCUCGGCUUUUCAAGCUAUUCUAACACAUAAACUCCCCGUUGUAUUGCCCCGGGACAUCAGGGCAUCUCAUAGGAGUUCAGGAACGUCACUCUCGAUUCUUCGUCAAGGCGGUUUCUCGCGAGUGACUUCAACUCAAGCCAGAAACUAAGAAACAC